CUUUGAUUUAGGAAUAGAGGGAGUAGUAUUUACCACUGUUCUUGCUCAGCGUUCAACUUACCGAGUAUAUGUACUCAUCUAGAUUGUUCGCUCUUUGUUGAUCAGUGCCGACAGUCUCUCUCGGGUACCCCCUCUCUCUCUCUAUACUCUCUCUACAGCCAUUCGCAAGUCAAGCAUUUAGUUCCUGAUGAUGUAGUAUUUCAAAAUUUUGGAAGAUUUCUUAGACUCUUAAAUAUUUAAUUGGCCGUAAUAGUUUUUUUCUCUGAUAAAGGACUAAUUCUUUCUUAUGGGCUUACUGAUCAUGCAUUCUUGAUUUAACAGUACAUCUAAAUAGGGUUGGGUUUUGGCGUGGUGGCGUUUGAAUUUCUUUUUACAUCUGCAAUUCUGCAUGCUCGUAACUCUUUAAACAAUUUUGUGAAUGGUUUUAACUAUUACUCAUUAUAUUGCUGCAUGGUUUUAAUUACUAUGGCAUUAAUAGAUAACAAUUACUCAUUAUAGGGUGAAAUUUAUUCAAUAUCACUGACAUGGCUGAAGCUGUUGCACCCGUGGUUCCAAGUGAUGAGUUGUUGGAGUGGGCAAAGAAAGAUAAGCGCAGGUUUCUGCACGUUGUAUAUCGCGUUGGUGACCUUGAUCGCACUAUCAAGUUUUACACGGAGUGCUUUGGUAUGAAGUUAUUGAGGAAGAGAGAUGUCCCAGAGGAGAAAUAUGCAAAUGCUUUUCUUGGUUUUGGCCCUGAAGAGUCUCACUUUGUCGUGGAACUGACAUACAAUUAUGGAGUUGACAAGUAUGACAUUGGAACGGGCUUUGGGCACUUUGCUAUUGCAACAGAAGAUGUUUAUAAAUUGGUUGAAGACAUCAAGGCAAAGGGUGGAACCAUAACUCGUGAACCCGGACCUGUCAAAGGUGGAUCAACUGUUAUUGCUUUCGCAAAAGAUCCUGAUGGAUACCUCUUUGAGCUUAUUCAGCGAGGCUCUACUCCAGAACCACUCUGUCAAGUAAUGCUCCGUGUGGGUGACCUGGAACGUUCUAUCAAGUUCUAUGAAAAGGCAUUAGGAAUGCAACUUCUGAAGAAAACAGAUAGGCCAGAACAGAAGUAUACCAUAGCAAUGAUGGGAUAUGCUCCGGAAUAUGAGACUACAGUUCUAGAAUUGACGUACAAUUACGGCGUUACUGAAUACACCAAAGGAAAUGCCUAUGCACAGGUUGCCAUUAGCACAGAUGAUGUAUACAAAAGCGCAGAGGUUGUUAAUCUUGUGACUCAAGAGCUUGGCGGGAAAAUCACUCGACAAGCUGGUCCCAUUCCAGGGAUCAACACCAAAAUCACUUCUUUCGUCGACCCUGAUGGAUGGAAGACGGUUCUGGUUGACAAUGAAGAUUUUCUGAAGGAGCUGCAGUAACCACCACCAGUGUUGAUGCUUUGUUUCAAACUUAUCUUUCAAAAUCAAUGAGUUACCUAUCUCCUUCCGUAGUCUGCAUAUUCUAUGUAAUUUUCAACUGUUUUAGUUACAAACUAAUACUCCAGUCCCUUUAAAGUUGUUCUCGUUGAGAGCAUGGUCUAUGUUAUAUUAUCUUAUAAUAUAUACUCUCUUAUGUUAAGCAUGCAAAAGUUGUAUUCUAAAGAAUACAAUCUCUCACAACCAACUGUGUUCCUAAUAGUGAGGAACUUGACUUUAUGCAAAUAGGUUGAUGGCAAUGU